GGCGGGGCCGGCACCGGCGGUGCCACAGCGAGCUCCGAGGGACGUUGGCUGCCCGCGGCCCGUCGCUCGGCGCGGUCCUCAGGCUCGGGGCGGCAGGGCCGGUUUCCAGCCGGGGGUUCGGCCGUGUGCUGGGCUGGCACCGCAGGUGCCUGCUGCUGGCGUCCGCCCGGCCGCGCGGGGGUAACCAGGACGUGGUGGUGCGGUGCCGCCCGUGUGUGUGCGGGGCACGGCUGGCUCAGCGCGCCUGGGGAGCCUCUAAACGUGGUGCCGCUGGUCUGCGCUUCGGGAGGGCUGAGGAGAAGGAGCUCGCGGCUCUGACUGUGCUUAUUUGGGCUAGAUGGAAACGUACAGGGUGUCAGUGCAGGAAUACGACGUUUGGGGCCCUAGAACUUAUGCCCCAGUUUAAGCAGGGAUAUAAAAAAACUUGAACUGAGACUUUGUUUUGAAAACUAGUGGCAGUAAAGGAAUAUAGCGACCCUAGAGAUGCCUUUCAGUCUUGCAUCAUGUUGUCUGUCAUCAUUUUGAUAAAUACUGCAGCCAUACCGAUCAACUCCAUGAUUUUUGUGCUUUGAAAAUGUCUGAAAAUUCCAGUGACAGUGAUUCGUCCUGUGGCUGGACUGUCAUCAAUCAUGAGGGUUCUGACAUAGAGACAGUGACUUCAGAAAAUGGAAGCACAAAUGAUAACCACGAAUUCAUUUCAGAAGAAUAUGUUACUUUGCAAGAAGAAGAGCAACCAAUCGAUUUGCAAGCUCAGCACAGCACUGAUGGAGAGAUACCAGUGGUAGAUAACACUCUCUCUGCUUUUGAGGAAACUCAGACAGUUCCAGAGGGAAGGAAAGAAAAAGUGCAUGAUGAUGGUUCCUGUGUUGGGACUAUUAGUGAUGAUUCUGACAUUGUUACGCUUGAAGCUCCAAAAGGGGAAGAAACUCAAAGUCAGGAGGAAGCUCCAGCUGAUGGUGAAGAAGCUCGCAGUUCAGAGGAUUUUAACAUGGGUUCCUCCUCUAGCAGUCAAUAUGCAUUUUCCCAACCAGAAACUGUUUUUUCAUCUCAGGCUAGCAAUGAUGAAUCAAGUAGCGAUGAAACUAGCAAUCAGACCAGUCCCACAGUGCGAAGACGUCGGGCUAAGAAGCGGCUGAUCUCUAGCUCUGAGGCUGAGAGUGGAUCCCCUGCUGACCCAGAGUCCGAACCUCCCAGAGAAGAGCAGCACAAGCGCCAGUUCAGUAGCGGUCUGAAUAGAUGCAUCAUACUAGCUUUGGUGAUUGCCAUCAGCAUGGGCUUUGGACACUUCUAUGGUACAAUACAGAUCCAGAAACGUCAACAGCUGGUAACAAAGACACGUGAAUUAAAAGAUAUGAAAGAUGACCUUUACCAGUGCCAACAAGAGCAAGGAGAUAAAGUGGGGUUGCUCAAGGGAGAUCUCUCCACAUGUUUGACUUCUACUGAGAUGGAGAAGAAAUCCUUUGAACUGCACAAAAAAAGUCUUGCUGCAGAAAAUCAACACUUAAGAGAAUCCCUAGAGAAGGAAGAAAAAGCUUUGGCCUCACUUCAGGAAGAAUUAAGAAAACUAAGACAACAAAUUAGAAACUUGGAAGAUAAAGGUACUAGUACUGAGUCUAUUGUCAUGGAAAACCAGAAACUAAGGGAACAUUUGGAAGAGGAAAAGCAAAGAAAUCAUAACUUUCUUAGACAAAAGGAAACACUCUUUGCUGAAGCACAGAUGUUAAGGAGAGAAUUGGACAAAGAACGUCGUGUUACAGAAGCUCUAAAAAAAGAACUAGAACAGCUAGGUUCUCGUCAAACGCCUGACAAUGUUGCCGAUGAUGAUACAUUAAGAGAAAAUCAAGAAAUAGAAACUCUGCGAGGAAGACUAGCAGAACUAGAAAAAAAGCUAAAUUUUGAGCAACAGCGCUCUGACCUAUGGGAGAAGCUGUAUGUUGAAGCAAAAGAUCAAACUGAAAAACAAGAAAUGAAUGAAAAGGGACAAAAGAAAGGUGCUAAAGGGCAAAGUAAGUCUAAAAAGAAAUCAAAAGAAUCAUUUUUUGGCUCAGUUAAAGAAACUUUUGAUGCUAUGAAAAAUUCCACCAAAGAGUUUGUUAGACACCAUAAAGAAAAGAUUAAGCAGGCUAAAGAAGCAGUGAAAGAAAACCUGAAAAAAUUCUCUGAUUCUGUAAAGUCUACAUUCAGACACUUUAAAGAUACCACAAAAAACAUCUUUGAUGAAAAAGAGAAGAAGUCAAAUGAUAAAAGGUACGAGGCAAACAAGAAAGCUCGAACUUUUUACCGAGAGCAUAACUCUUAUGAGAAUCUGAAGAACAUGCAUUACAGGGGACCUCACAUGUCAAAAGAUUUCAAAGAUGGAAGAAAACAUCAGUUUACGACAUUUGAAAAAGAUGCAGGUUCAGACAAAUGUCUCAACGAUCCUUUGUGUAACAGAAGACAUCAGUUUGUCCUAAAAGGCUGUUCUGGUAUUUUUGAAUGUGCUCAUCAAGAAUUCAUUAGUCUCUUUAACAGAGUAUCAGAUCCUAUUAGGGUAGAUGAAUUUAAUCGGCUAAUGAAAAAGUAUUUGCAACAAGUCGUACAUAACUUUCAUCACUGGAGAGAACUAGAGAAUUUCAUCAAUAAGUUUUUUCAUAAUGGGCUUUUUAUACAUGACCAGAUGUUGUUCACUGAUUUCGUUAAUGAUGUCAAGGAUUAUCUGGAAGAUAUGAAGGAAUACCAAAGUAAGAAUGAAAACGUUUUUGAUGAUUUGGACAAAUACGUCUACAGAUACUACUUUCAGUAUGAUAAUUCACCCCAAUAUGGACCCAGUCGACCUAAAAGGCCUUCUUUUACACAAAAUGAAAAUACCAGACAUGAAAAACAAGCUCAGAAGUACCACCAUCGUAAUAAAAGAGAAGGUAAAUGGCAUAAACAUGGUCGCACUAAUGGAAGACACAUGGCAAAUCUUGAAAUAGAAUUGGGGCAAUUACCCUUUGAUCCAAAAUACUAAGUAAUUUAUGGAAAAAAAUGAGAUUAGAUUUAAUAAAUGACCUCCUCUCUGGAAACUAAUUGUUUUUCAAGAAAGCAGCAAGAUGCAAGUUUUUCUCUAAAUAAUUUGUUUCUUACAAAUUGUUAAAAGGCACAAGUCAAGCUUUCUAAUAUGCAUAUUUGGUAUUGUUGCUUUAACUGUUCUACGGAAGUGAUGAGAGUUUGGGUGCCAGCGGUAUUGUUACAGAAACUAGGCAUGCAAUGACUUGUAUAUGAAAAAUAUGCUUAAUUGCAUUGCAUUAGUAUAGUUCAAGCUUGAGUCAUGCAUAAUGUAUCAAUAAUUAACUCCAGUGUUUGAUAUACUAACUUCAUCUCAUCCUUCAAAAAAAAAAAAGUCUACAUUAUGGUAAUGUA